AUGUCGCAUCCAGACGACAAUCGAAGCGGCGAAGCGAGGCCAGAUACAUCCAACACGUCCGUGACGGUCGCUGGCGGACUGAUGAAAGCAGAGUACUUUUGGAGGAAUCGUCAAGAGUGGCUUCAAGAACACGGUUACAUGCUCCGCCCUAGAUACAUGCCAAACUGGAAGCCCUCUUGGCAGGGUAGCAAAAGGUCAUUCUUUAGAUUUGAAGACGCUGUGGGAAUGGGUAAUAGUCACAUUAUGGAUGCUACUCGCUUGUCGGACGGCAGGGUCGUUACGCUCAAAUCCAUCUCAAAAUCUAUCCAUCCAUAUGAAACCACGAUUGCUCAGAAUUUCUCGUCUCAACCGCACUCUGGCGACCCACGGAACCACUGUGUUCCUGUUCUUGAAGUAUUACAGGAUCCUCAAGACGCAGACAUCGACUUAAUUGUGAUGCCGAUGUUGAGACCUUACAAUAAUCCCCGUUUCAAGACGGUGGGCGAGGUUAUCGACUUCUUCGGACAGAUAUUCGAUGGCCUCCAGUUCAUGCAUAUUAACCGUGUCGCUCAUCGAGAUUGCAUGGACCUCAACAUCAUGCUCGAUCCUAUAACCAUGUAUCCGAACAUGUACCACCCUCGCCGCAUCAAUCAAAAACGUGACCUAAGCGGUACGGCCAAGCACUACUCGCGUACAGAGCGCCCUCCUCAGUAUUAUUUAAUCGAUUUUGGGCUUUCUCGCAAGUACGACUCGGACGAUCCUCCAGAAGAACUUCCUAUUCUUGGAGGGGAUAGAUCAGUCCCUGAAUUCCAAGACGAAGGAUAUAAUCAACCAUCUAAUCCCUUCCCUACAGACAUCUACUACGUUGGAAACCUGAUUCGGGAGGACUUCUUGCAGGUAUAUAGUGGAUUUGAUUUUAUGGAGGCACUCGUAGCCGAUAUGGUCCAGACGGAUCCGUAUAAGCGGCCCUCUGCAGACCAAGUUGUCACGCGAUUCGAUUCGAUUCGGGGAGCUCUUUCCUGGUGGAAGUUACGCGCCCCGGUCCUGAAGAAGGAUGAUCCCGCCCUUGUGAGAUUUGUCAUUAGCAUCGCGCGGGGAUUUACAACAAUUGGCUAUAUCGUGCGAAGACUACCGCCAAUUCCCACAUCUGAGCCCAUUUCCACUUUUCCUACUCGUACAUGA